UUAUGCUUCAUAACGAUAAAGAAGAUAAUGGAGUGUUUAACAUAGAAUAGAUUUAAGCGGUUGUUUUUGCAUUUAAUAGUUUAUUGUGGUGUAAAGUGCUAUAACAUUCUAAAUGACGGAUGUCAUAGUGAUAGGAUGUGGCGCCGCAGGGCUGGCGGCGUUGAGGAAGCUGCACGACGCUGGUCUCCGAGUCCUGGGCCUCGAAGCAUCUAACAGGAUCGGUGGUAGAGUCUGCACUGUCAACUUCGGAGACAAGGCUAUCGAUAUUGGAGCUGCAUGGUGUCAUGGCGAAAAAGACAACAAAGUCUUCGAGCUGGCUAACCCACUUGGUCUUCUUGGAAGACCAGAGCCAGAUACCAAUUGGUUCCUGCUUUCUAACGGGGACCAGGUUCCAGAAGAAAAUGCUCUAGGUAUCCUAAAGGCCUUGGAUACAGAAAUAGAAAAAGCGGACAAGUACGGCAAGCAAUCAAUUUCUGAGUGUAUAAGGAAUGCAGCCAAAACAAACGAAGCGCUAACGAAAGAUUCCAAACUAUCGGAGUCUUUUAUCGAAUGGUUUGAAAGGAACAACCAUUUGGGAGGUCAAGAUGAUCCCAAGAAAGGCAAGUCACUGCGAGGACUGGUAGAGCAUAAGCCUUGUGAGGGCGAACCACUUUUGCAUUGGAAGGGAAGGGGGUACAAAAGUAUAUUGGAUAUCCUGUUGAAUAGAUACCCAGACCCGUCCAAAGCAAUAAAUGUACAAAUAGAACUCAACAAAGAAGUUGAACACAUACAAUGGGGUUCAACCGAACCAGGGUACAAUAUUGACAACCCGCCGGUGCAAAUUACCUGCACUGACGGUACCAAGUAUGCUGCGGCCAGUUGUAUCGUGACUCUUUCAGUGGGAGUUCUAAAGGAAAGACACGAGAAACUAUUUUUCCCCCCACUCCCAGCGGAGAAGAUAAAAACCAUUGAAAACCUUCAAAUGUGUGGUCUUGAUAAAAUCUACAUUGAGUUCGAAAAGCCGUGGUGGCCGAAAACUCCUGGUAAAUUCACUAUCCUUUGGCGAGAUGAAGACAAAGCGCUAUUCUCUGGCGAAGAUGCUUGGGUAUCUGAAAUUUUUGGUCUUUGGACCGUUGAUUGCCAGCCGAAUGUCUUACUAGCAUGGAUCUAUGGGAAAGGAGCUGAAGCUAUGGAGAAACAGAGCUUGGAAAACGUAAAAACCGGAGUGCAGAAACUUUUUGCAAACGUUUUAAAGAACUUCGAAGUUUCGCCAAUUAAAAAUCUUAUAAGAUCACAAUGGCUCUCAAAUCCAUUAACACGUGGAUCCUACGCAUACCGAUCCGUCGCCACAGAAGAGGACGGAGGCAGUGCAGCCAUACUAUCAGAGCCUUUGGAUCGCGGUGACAGGUUCCCAACUAUAUGCUUCGCGGGAGAGGCCACCUCUCAUGAACAGCAUAACGCUGUACAUGGAGCAGUUGAGUCAGGGUUCAGAGAGGCCGAAAGGCUAAUAAAAAACUUUAAAAUGUACCAAAAUUAUUUUUAUCAAAGCUUCACGAGCCAAAGUCCUAGUUUUCAAAUAAAAAAAUAAGUUUAAAAAGUUAAUAUCGCUGUCAAAAAUGGAAUGGCGCGAAAAUUUUGCACGAAAUCUUUUCUUCGGUAAAUAUAAACUGUAAUAAAACAAUUUAUUACACAAUUUCAUAUAAUUUGUAAUAAUAAUAUUAUUAUUGAUUAUAAUCCUUACAAGUUUUUGUCACAUAAAACCCAUCUAAAACU